AAUCUUCGCAACAGCCUCGACACCACCCAGCGGUCCCAGCCCGAAUGUUUAUCGCCCUCGACACCUAAAGUCUUCAGACCGCCCUGGUCUUGCUGGCCGAAUUGUCCGUGUGAUCAUUUGCAUGGUCUCCAGACACACCACAUGCAAAGAUAGCCCAAUAGCCACUGCAGAAGGGUGUUGUAGGGGGGUUGGUUUUUGGAACGUGGGCAACGGUAGAUCCUUGGUUGCAUUCAGAGAGAAGUCUUUGAGGGGAAUCCGUGACCGUCCCAAACAUGCCGCCACGCAAAAAUGCUAUUGCGGUCAAGGGGGCAUGAAUGUUGUUACCGACCCUUGCGUCAAUUGCGGAUACUCUAGGUGUUCGCGUUGUCGUGUAGAAAAAUUGCACGUACGGCAACACUUACACCACGAUACUGCCCACAGCCAGCAUACACAUCACAGUCAUACGUGAUAGAUAAAAAGACGGAUGACUUGUUGAUUCGACCGCAAGCAUCGUGUCUCCGGCAUAGCAAAAAGGUUUCAACAAGAGGAGAGUCGCAAAA